CAUGAUGCACAGCGUCGCGACGCCUAAACUCGGCACAAGUCUACCUGUAGUGGCAGUGCUUCCCACAUACCGUUAUGCCUAUUGGUGAUAGUUUACAGUCACUUCUUCAUUCAAGAAACUACGGUCUGUGGCCGAUUUUCGACAGUCUUGCUCUACAGCUUAUAACACCGCGACCGGAGUCUGAAAAAGAUCAAAACUGUUGAAUCUACUCGAAAGAGCCGACUUCCAGAARAGGAGGUGACGCAGAGUUGAGACAGUGGCGGCACAGAAGGGUGAGAACACGGGGUGGAUAGCGGAAUGCACGCUAAUGUGCAUACAGACCGAAACGAAUGGCGACUGCCCCCGGAUGAGACUUUGCAGGUCGCUGAUCCAAAGGCCAAAAAGGCCGAGGUAGGUGACGAAGAGGAGCUAGCAUUACAUGAAGAUGAGGGACACAAUUGGUGGUCGAUUAUUUUUUCGUUACUGGUUAUUGGACUCGUUAUCUCCGGAAUUGUAGCUGCUAUUUUUCUUGUGGGGUAUGUUGAUGAACUUCUCUACUGGCAUGGGACGAGAAUGCAAUUUGAUGAGUUCUUGCAGGGUGAGCUGACUCCCAAACGAUUACCUUCUUCCUGGAUUUCGCACUCUCAUUUCGUCUACCAAACGGACGACGGAAGUCUGGCCAUACUCGACACUAGUCAUAAUUUUACUGUUUCGAUUCUAGUUACUAACCACACUUUGAGACAACUUCUCGUCAAAGGAUACCAGUGCUCAAAGGACCUUAAAUAUGUGCUCUUCCAACACGACGUAAAAUCAGUAUUCAGACAAUCCUUCACGGCGACAUACACCAUUUAUGACGUCAAUAAAGAUCAUCAAAUUCCACUUCGUCUCGAACUGUCGUCGAAGGCUGAGCCCGAAACGUUCCAAUACGUUAGCUGGUUGGGCGACACAACUUCGCUCUUAAUGGUGUAUAAUAACGACAUAUAUUUCCGGCAGUCUCCCAUGGACGAAACCGAGAUCAGACUGACGUUUUCGGGACGUCCCGAGGUGAUCUAUAAUGGAAUUCCAGAUUGGCUCUACCAAGAGGACGUGCUCAAGAGCCCGCAAGCAAUGUGGAGCUCGCACGAUGGCACUCACCUGUUGUAUGCAACGUUCAACGACAGCGAAGUAGGAAUAUUAAAUUUCCCGUGGUUUCGAACGGAAGCUGGCUUAGGGGCCGCCAACGCCGCGUCGUCCUUCCCAUCCUCGAAAAGCGUUCGAUUUCCGAGGCCCGGGGCGGACAACCCCACAGUGCAAUUGUGGGUCAUGGAUAUAUCGAACCUCACCGACAUCCAGAGCCAUUUAGUAAAACCCCCGCAAGCGCUCGUCGGCCAGGAUUACUAUUUGACAUCGGCCGGCUGGAUUGGACAGAAAAACACGCAAGUGUCGGUGGUGUGGAUGAACCGCGCACAAAACCUCAGCAUCAUUUCAGCCUGUCUAGCGCCUAACUGGACAUGUGUAGAGAUUCACGCUGAACGCGCAGCUGAGAGAGCUUGGCUCGACAUUCAGGAGCAUCCGAUAUUUUCAUCGGAUGGAGACAGUUUCCUGAUGCUUGCUGCUGUCCAGGAGGGGAGUAGGGAAGCUUACACGCAUAUUAAGCACGUGACUGUCACUCAACAGCACAUCGCUGUCCUCAGCCACGGUCGACACGAGGUUGAUCGAAUCUUAAGUUGGGAUAAUGUUAGCCAUCUCAUCUAUUACUUGGCGACUGAGGAGAGAAAGGCAGGUCAAAGGCAUCUAUACGUAGUACGUGACCCGUCUACAGACGACCCCCGACGGCUUGAAUCCCACUGCAUAACUUGCGAGAUCGGGGACGUCCUCUGGAGCAGCCGUUAUCUUUACGGCAACUGUACGCACUUCAACGCUUUGAUAAGCCCUCGUUCGGAAUCAUCGAAUUCGUCAUUUUACGUCCUUCAGUGCGAAGGACCCGGUCUUCCAUUAGCAGGCAUGCAUAAUGCGACUUCGCACAAGUUAUUAAAGAUUCUUUACGAUACGAGGCUACAGAAAAUGGGAAUGCUCGAAAGGUUAGCGUUGCCCAAGCAAAAGUCUUUUGAGGUGCCUUUGCCCCAUGGUAGUAGGGCUCAAGUUCAACUACUUCUACCUCCCAGUUGGAGGGAGGAAUUGCGAGAUGCUGCCUACCCUGUCCUUGUUGAAGUUAACGGCAGACCGGGCAGCAAAGCAGUGACAGAAAAAUUUCGGAUUGAUUGGGGUACCUAUAUGUCGAGCCACUGCGACGUGGUUUACAUCCGUUUGGACGUGCGAGGAGCCAGUGGCCAAUACGACCGUGCCCUUUUCCGGCAUUUGGGGGGUGUCGAAGUGCAAGACCAAGUCGCAGUGCUGGAACUUCUCCUCAACACAUAUAAAUACUUGGACAAAACUCGCGUCGGAAUUUGGGGUUGGGGGUACGGCGGGUAUGUCACAUCCAUGGUGCUGGGGCUGGGCAACCAGCAAAAAGUGUACAAAUGUGGGGCGGCGGUGAGUCCCAUCUCUGAUUGGGCGUAUUACAAUUCAGCAUUUACGGAAAAAAUCCUCGGAGAUCCCAACGAGAACAAGAAGGGGUACGUGCAGGCAGACGCCACGCAGCGUGCGCAGAACAUCCCCCGAAACUCCUUUUACCUUUUACACGGUAUGGCCGAUCUUACGGCACCUUACAUUCACGGGAUUUCUCUGGCACGUGCCCUGACGGAAGCCGGGGUACUGUUCCGAUAUCAGAAUUACGCCAACGAGGGUCAUGAACUCGAAAACGUUUUGGAACACGUGUAUAGCUCGAUGCAAAGCUUCUUCGAAGAGUGCCUUAGACUAGAUGUAGGCGAGCCCGAUAAGGAUAAAGAUACCUGAAGAUUGGUUUCCCACUUAAUUCACCACCACGUGACGGCCUUCGAAACGCAGACAUUCCACGUGUUAUCAGUUACGAAAAGAAGAAAACAGCAGAAACGGACUAACGGAACUAGUCAAUUCAAUCAAUAAUCAAGCUGUUUAUAUCAUAGCAAAACUUAGUGAGUUGUUCAGUGUAGAACGACAAGACGAAUUAGUGAUUCUUUUUUUCAAAUUUUCUUGUUGAACAGUUGGACUAAUAUCAGAUUUUAUAUAUUAGAUCCAAGUUGUGACCUCUCCUCUUCUUACACAGAUUUCCACAGUUUUUACGGUGAAAAGUAAUUAAUGUCAUUAGAUUUCAACUUAAAAGACGAAAUAUCACAUAUUCAUUUUUUUUUUGAAUAAAGAUUCAUAAAGUGUUAACAAAGUAUUGUAAGAAAAUAAUUUUAAAUACCGUUAGUAUUGAAAAUCUUCCAUAGAAGUAGAUUUAUUGUAAAUAGCUUGAAUUGAUUAGAAUAAGACUGAUUUUAUAAAUUGUCAAAAAUGCUUGAAGCUUUCGAUUGCUUAAUACAAAAUGUUUCAAACGCUGUUUUAAUCUUCACGGAUUUUAAAUAAAAUUACAGAAAUUUAAUCUGUAGCGUCCUAAAAGCCUGUAAUAUAAAUAAUAAUAAAAAACCAUUAUUUUAAACCACACACAAUUUGGAGCUAAAAAUACACUGGUUAAAACCGCACCUUUGAAUUUUGGAUAUCAACAAAUCCAUAGCAAAAAGAAUAAAAUAUUCACCAAGACAAUCUCGAAAACAAAAAUCAGUAAACUUUUUAUUGAUGACAUUAAAUACUUUCCACUUAACUUUUAUACUGUCGGUUCACCUUUUCUAUGUAUCUAUUAUCCUUCUCGUUUCUUAAUUUUCCUUCUUUUAGUGAAAUAAUAGUACAGAUGAUGUCAAUUAUUGAAAAACAAUGUUUUAAAAUUUUCGUAAAGCUGAAUUAUGACGAUAAAUCAAAAUAAAACGACUUAAUUAUUAAACUGGAGCUUCGAUAUUUAAAAGUAAUCAAUAAAAUGGUUGUGAAAUAUAAAACUUUCCAUUUAAACAAGAAUAUAUUAUAUAGUGUAAAUUUUGCUUAGAUUCAUUAGUGGAAGCUGUGCUUCUGUCACAGCGAAGACAAUCUUUACAAGCUGAUAUUUUGUUGAUAAGUUUGAAUUGGUUUUACCAUGUGUCCACUAACGCUGUCAAUUUUUUCUGAAUCAUCGAUCAAAACAUUCUAAAUUUGGUGGUCUAAUUUAAAAACUUUCGUUGAAUGCGAAAAUUUUUGGCCUAUUUCUCAGAGGAUUUGUGUUUUGUAACAAUGGUUAUCUCGGUGUAUUAUUUUUAUAGCAAUACUAAUUUGUUGCAAAUGUUGCCUAAUAAUUGUUGUACACAUCAGUGUUUGUAAAUUAAAAAUAAUGUGCAGAACACCAAUUAAAUUAUUGAUUUUUAUUAGACAGCAAUGUUAGAUAAUGGAAUGUUAAAUGUUUCUUUUUUGUAUUAUAUUAAAAACAAAAUGAUGCAAACAAUGUUUACAAUAAAUCGUUAUUAAGU